AUGCCACAGGUCCUUCCGCAACAACUAAAACCCUGGUGGAGAAAUCUGCACCUUGUGAAGCUCAAUCUUCUCCUACUAAUUCCUCUCCUAUCCUCCGGGGCCGUUGGCUAUGACGGGUCUAUGAUGAAUGGUCUCCAGGCCCUUCCACAAUGGCGUCAAUAUUUCAACAGGCCCCAGGGCGCAAUCCUUGGUCUUAUGAACGCUAUCUAUCCAGCAGGCAAAAUCGUUGCCCUCUUCAUCGUCGCGUACGUAUCAGAUCGGUUCGGCCGAAAACGGACAAUGGCUGUUGGUGCCAUCGCGUGUAUUGGAAUUCCUCUGCUGCAGGCAUUCGCCAAAACCAUACCGACUUUUGUAGUUUCUAGAGCUCUACUCGGGUUCACCACCAGCUUUCUUUCGCAACCCAGCCCUAUUUUGAUCACCGAACUGGCAUACCCGACGCAUCGAGCCAAGAUAACUGCUCUUUACAACACAUCAUUUUACUUGGGCGGCAUCAUUGCGUCAUGGUGCACCUUCAGCACCUUCAAAUUCGAAUCGGACUGGAGCUGGCGGUUACCCUCACUUCUGCAGGGCUUGAUACCUCUUAUCCAAGUAUUCUUCAUUUACUUCCUUCCAGAGUCGCCUCGAUGGCUUGUUGCUCACGGGAAAAUUGACGAGGCGCGCAGGAUUCUUGUCCAAUAUCAUGCUGGAGGAGACGAGCACUCGGCACUGGUUGACUUCGAACUUGGUGAGAUCAAAGCAGCCCUGGCCGUCGAGUCCGAGAUUUCGCGAAUUUCAUGGCUCGAGCUGUUCCGGAGCCCUGCCAACCGAAAACGGACCCUUAUCGCCUUCAUUCUCGGCUGGUUUGCCCAGUGGAAUGGCGUAGGGCUGAUCUCAUAUUACCUGUUCCUCGUCCUCAACACCAUUGGCAUCAAACAAGCGAGAGACCAAACGCUGAUCAAUGCGCUGCUCAACGUAUCGAACUGGCUUGCAUCCGUGUUUGCCGGGGCUCUUAUGGUGGACCGCCUUGGUCGCCGGACCCUCUUUCUGAUAUCGACCGGCGGUAUGCUGCUAUUCUACGCCAUCUGGACUUCCCUGACCGCUACCUUUGUUAAAACAAACGAUUCAUCCAUCGGGAAAGCGGUGAUAGCCUUUGUGUUCAUGACUUACUUUAGCUACGCCAUUGCGUGGUCUCCUCUGUUUCACGCGUAUAUUGUGGAAAUAUUCCCAUACACCCUCCGAAGUCGCGGUCUUUCGUUUGCCUAUUUGUGCACUUAUAGCGGCCUUGUCCUUGCCAAUCAAGUCAACCCCAUUGCCAUGGAGAAGAUUGGCUGGAAAUAUUAUGUUGUAUUUUGCUGUAUCUUGGCUUGUCUUGUUGGGAUCAUCUACUUUCUUUUCCCAGAAACUAAGGGGCAUACGCUAGAAGAGAUGAAAGAAGUCUUUGACGGUAUGCAAGAUGUCUUUGACGGAGGGUAUUUACAUAAGUCGGCGAACAAGGUCGCCACCGUCGAAGAUGGGCGCGCGGAAGGUAAAGAACCAAGGAGCUAA